UAUGACGUCUUGACCCAGGCUUUGACCAAAGCAAAAAAUGUCGGGAUCCCCUUCAAGGGUAGAGCCGACGUAUUUUGCUGUGGUCAAAAGGCUCUGUCGAAAUUUCAUCUAUACUCCAAUCGGUUCCAUCGCAUUUUGACCGGCGCGAGUCACCUGCCAGGAGUGAGAAAGGCUCCAUGUACCUGCUUAGAGCUCAUUCUGGGGGCGGUUUGAAUAAAGAUCAACUUGAUAUCAACUCGCCUGACAGUAAUUCUUCUGCUUUCACCUCAUGCGGAGAAUUCCUCCGAACCGUGGUGUGGGAUUAUCAUAAAAGUUAGUUUGAUGGAAUCAAUGCGCUGAUCACGGAUGAACAUGGCGGUUGUCUUCUUUUUCUCAGAUGAUUGUCACUUAGUAUAUAUGUGCAGGUUCUUUCCUAUCAGGACCGGUAAGACAACCCCAGACACAACAUGAUGUUGCCCGUCCCCCCAGGCUAUCCCAUAGAAAAACUGACUGGACCUAUGAUCGUUGCCUCCCUCUUGCACUGGGGACUCUUUGGGACUCUUUCUGUGCAGCUUUAUUUGUACUAUCUGGCAUUUCCAAAUGACAGAAAUUUCACGAAAUACCUCGUCUAUGGCAUCUACAUUGUCGAGAUCGUUCAGACGAUGUUCGUCACCCACGACGCCUUUGCAGUGUUCGGUUACGGCUUCGGGGAUCUCAUAGCCCUCACUGACAUGCAUUUUAAUUGGUUCGCUGUCCCUAUCAUGAGCGGUGUUGUUGCUUGUGUCGGCCAGGUCUUCUAUGCGUAUCGAAUCUUCAUAUUGUCAAAGUCUCAAAUUGUUCCUAUAUUUGUCACCUGUCUAUCCUUGACCAGCUCUGUAGCAUCCAUAAUCACAGGCGUCUACUCUUUCGAAGCGGGUAACAUUAUUGAACUCAAUAAGAGGAAAGUUAAUAUCGCGGUCGGGAUUUGGUGUGGUGCCUCUGCCCUGUGUGAUAUUGUCAUCGCUAUCUGUAUGACGUACUACCUCAUGCGUAGCAGUACCAAUUUCCGUCGCACACAAAUCCUGCUCACAAAGCUAAUUCGUCUCACUAUUGAGACGGGAUCCGUGACAGCUGCUGUCGCUCUGGUCACUGUGACCCUCUUUUUUGCGUUCCCUCAUCAGACCUUCUACACCACACCUGCCUUGCUCAUACCCAAGUUGUAUGCUAACACCGUCUUCAUGGUGCUGAAUUCGCGAAUGCGGAUUGUGGGCGGACGGGAUACUUAUACGUCUGCAACUGACAUGAGCAUCCCGACAACUAUAUUACGAGAUACCAGUUCCCAGUCAACACAAGACACACGGCAGACGGAAGCACGGGCGUCAGUUGUCGUGAUGUCUAAGGAGGUAUCCAACGAUGAUUGUGAAAUGGGGUGAAUGACCAAAGCACCGGCUACACCACGUAACAAUCAGAGUACAUCCUUUGAGUAAAAACUAUGCUGGAACCCGCCUUAGUUUAUUUAUCUUGUCUGUUGUAAUGAACGUCAAUACCAUAUGAACCUACGUGGCUGAUGUCCGUCCUGCUCGAUUUGAGCUUAUCGUCCCCCAUCUUCACAUGCAAAUUCCGCCG